AUGAGUUCGCGUCCACGUCGCUCAGCGGCCACCAAGGCCAACGAAGUCAUUUCUGUUCAUGCCAGAUGGGCUGACUCUCCAGAAAGAAGCGAAAGAAGCAUGUCGUCACGACGAUCUGGUCGCGCCUCAGGCGUGUCCGUCUCCCGAGAUGAUGCCUCAUCACCAGGUGGCGAUCGUCAUUUGAGUUUGACCGUCAAACUUCCUUCCAACAAACUACGACAGGCUACACGCGGGGAGCGUGGCUUUGAAGGUGGAGAAAUUGUAUCUGGAAAGCGAAAUCGAGGAGCUAAGAAAAGUUAUGUGGUUGACUCAAGCCCCGACGAAGAUGAAGAAGAGGAAGAGGAGGCAGAGAUUGAGGUGGAGGAAGAUGAUGACGAUGAGAUGGAUGUUGAUGCUGAGGGUGAGGAGGACGCUGAGGGAGACAUCGACAUGGAUCUAGCUCCCCCGACCAUCACUGUUUCCAAACCAGCCCGGUCGAGGCCAGCGCCUCGAGCAUCGGCUGCUAAGGUCAUUCAGGAUGAUGACGAUGACGAUGAUGAUCUCAGUGACCCCGCUGAUAGCGACGCUGGAGACGAGACCAUGGGUUUUGGUGAUGAGACCAUGGCUGACGAUGGCGAUGAGGACGCUGAAGGCGAGGAGAUUGAAGUCGCUGGCCAAGAAGGAGAUGAGGAUGAUGAAGAGGAAGAGGAUGAGGAAGAGGAUGAAGGUGAAGGAGGCGAUGACGACGACGAAGAUGACGAGGAUGGUAACCCAGACGAAUCUAUCGAUCUCACCAAGAUGACAAAGCGGCAACGAGCUCGAUUCGAAGAUGACAACGCACAUCAGUAUAUGAAGCUGUCAGAUGAGGUACAAGCGAAGAAGGUUUUUACAGCUGAAGAAUUGUCCAUGCGUCGACAAGAGAUGGCUCGACGACGCCGCAACUUGAGUGAAAAGCGAAAUGAGGAAGUGAAGAUGGAGACGAUCAACAAACUUCUCAAGAAGCAAGCCCCCAAGAUCAACCGCAAAGCUGCAGCUGCCGGUGCAGGCGGCGGUUCGGAAGACUCGAACAAGCCUGAUCCUGUCUUCAUUCGUUGGGUCAGCAACAAAAAUGGCGUUCGGGUGGCAGUAACAGAAGAGAUGCUUGAUAGCCCGGCCGGUCAGGUGUUCAAGCCUGCAUCUGAAAUGGCACCGGGUAAGAUGGUCCAGGAAGUUGCUUAA